CUCUCUAUAUACCUCUCCUGCCCCUCCUCUCCUCUGUACCCCUCCUUCUCACCUCCCAACCUCAUCAUCCCACUAUAUUCCUCCUCAGCCCCUCCAUAGUAUUGAUUCUUAUCCCUUCAGGGCCACUACAGAUCACACUAACUCCAGCCCUGUACACCGAGUUGUCUUACGAAACACACAAACGGGACAGGACAAAUACUAUUCUAUUACCAGACCCGUCACCCCAGUGCUCAACUGAGCUGGGAAGUUUAUCUUACUGUGCCCACUGCUCAUCCCAGGAGAGAGGGACAGAAACAGUGGACAGAAGAGAAAGAGGAACUCCAUCGAUGAGAUAUGGGAGGGAAGGAGAAGAAGAUUUUGGGCAUUACUGAUGUUCCGAAAUACCAGGGUGAGUCGACCUCAGGAAGCAGGAAGCAACAUGGGAGAGUCCAUCAGACCCAGACGUCGGGGCUGCCAUGGUCCCAGCCCUGCUCCAACUCCUCCUCCCCUGCUGGGGACAAGAUGGAGCGGCUAAAGGUGAUCCGUAACCAUAGCAACAGCCUUCGUCUGGGUCGUCUGGCGUUCUUCAGACACCUGGAGAAGGUGGAGACCAUGAGGAGCUUCUGGGAGCUGAAGCAUGUGGAGCUGGAGGGAGACCCACAACAGCUGAAGGGCAAUGGGAUGAGGGAUGGGAAGGACAAGGCCAAGCUCAGCCUGAAGUGCCUGAAAGCCCAGAAGAAGAAGCCUCCAGAAGCAUCAGAGGCCCUCCUUCUAGACCAGGUAGAGAAGCUCAACAGGCAUAAUGCUGAGCGUUCCCAUGGUAAUGGGGUGGUUCUGGACAUGCCCCACAUCCCUGUUGUCCAAUACAUGGAAGAGCUAGAGGGAAAGGAGGAGGAGGAGAGGAAAACCCCUGAGCAGGAGGAAGAGCAGAGGGCCAGAGAAGAAGGGGAGGGGGAUAUAUUUGGUGAAUCUGACAACGAGGAAGAGGAGGGAAGAGAGGGAGAGGCACUGAAGAUUAAGGUGGAGCACGUUCAAGAGGAAGACGGGGAGAAGAGAGGGGAAGGAGGGGAGAAAGAGUCAUCAGAACCUCUAGAAAGUUCUGCGGAGUUAGGUGAGGUGGCUGCCAGCAGUAAACGUGGAAUCAAAGAGGAGUAUUGGGUGAGAGAUAACUUGAAGAAGAGUCGAGUGGAGGAAAGGAAAGAGGGGGAAGAGGAGGACGUUCCUGAGGGUUCAGAGCGUCAGGCUGCCCAAUCAGAGGCAGAGAAGACGGAGAAGGAAGAGGACGUGGAUGAUGGACAGCCAAAAGAGUACAUCAUUGACUCUAGCCCUCCGCCAGCAGCCCCCUUUGACCACCGCAUCGUGACUCCGAAACCUCACCAGGUUACUACCUUCUACACCAUUAACAGAGAGGAGGUCCUAGGAGGGGGACGUUUUGGACAAGUCCAUAAAUGCGUAGAGAACUCUUCUGGACUGAAGCUGGCUGCCAAGAUUAUCAAAGCCAGGAGCCAGAAAGAGAAGGAAGUGGUGAAGAAUGAGAUCCAGGUGAUGAACCAACUCAAUCACGCCAACCUGAUCCAGCUCUACGCUGCCUUCGAGUCACACCACGACAUCAUCCUCGUCAUGGAAUAUGUGGAUGGAGGGGAGCUGUUUGAUCGAAUCAUAGACGAGAACUACAACCUGACAGAGCUGGAUACGGUGCUGUUCAUCAGACAGAUCUGUGAGGGAUUACAGUACAUGCACAAGAUGUACAUCUUACAUCUUGACCUCAAGCCGGAGAACAUUCUGUGUGUGAGCAGAGCUACAAACAAGAUCAAAAUAAUAGACUUUGGGCUUGCAAGAAGGUAUAAGCCCAGGGAAAAGUUGAGGGUUAAUUUUGGAACGCCGGAAUUCCUCGCUCCGGAAGUCAUCAACUAUGAAUUUGUCUCAUUCCCCACAGACAUGUGGAGUCUGGGGGUAAUCACAUACAUGCUGCUGACUGGUCUGUCUCCAUUCCUUGGUGACGAUGACAACGAGACACUGAACAACAUCCUUGCCUGUCAGUGGAACUUUGAGGAGGAGGAGUUCACCGACAUCUCUGAGGAGGCCAAAGACUUCAUUGCGCGCCUGCUGAUCAAGAGCAAUAGUUGGAGGAUGAGUGCCUCACAGUCACUGAAACAUUCCUGGCUGUCGGACCGUAAUCUUCACUACCGCCUGCAUCAGAAGAAAAAUAAGUGCCACUCAACGCACCCUCACCCUCCCCGAAAAUCUAGACCGUCUCCCCUCCAAAAGGACUCCCAAGACCCUGUGGGCACCUUAUGAUGACACGGGCAGGUGCCUGUUGUUGACACUGGGGCCAGGGCCGGGGCCCAACCUGGACCAACACUGCUGUACCUGUAUGGCUACUCGAUCACUACUCUCUGCACUGCCUCACAUCCUCGCAUUCGUUAUCUUUGCACCGCGGCUCGCUAUAGCUCUCGCCACAGAUGGGAGGGUGUGAGGCCGGCAGGAAGUUUAGGGGUACAUUUCUACCUCCAAACCCAGCCCCCCCCCCACUCUGUUACUCUGGCCACAACAUCACCAAAGACUCUCAGCUAACAAUGUCCACAGUGGCGCGUGGUUCACCAUGCGAUCAUUCAGUCCAGCAAGCACAAGAAGAAGGAACCUUCGGCCAUGACAAGGGAAGAGGGGAUUGCAGGUGGGGUGGCCAACAACUGUUUGUUCAGCAGCUGAAUGUCCCUUAUGGGCCAGUGUAUUGCUCUCCUAGCUUCAGUUGGGUAACUGAAAGAACCCCAUUGGGACAGAGAGGACAUGUGCAGCCCCCGAGCCGAGGUUUAGGAGGAGGGCUUCUAGUCUGAGAGGACAUCAUGCACAGCCCCUCGGACCCAGUAAGGCAUCAUCCUGCUGAAUGAAAGAUGAGGCGUGUCGUGAAAUAGCGGAGUGCCCGUUUUCCCCCAGUAGAAAUUGUAUCCAGAUGUAGUAUUUAUUAUAUUGCAAUGAAUGUGGUGUAACGGUUACCUAAAACUUGACAUUACUUGAUAAAGAAACGUGUUAAUAUGAUGGCUACCGUCAUAAUAGUUUUGUGUAAUACGUAAAGGUUAUUUUUAAUUAAUUAAUUAAUACAUAAAGGUUAUUUUUAAUUAAUUAAUUAAUACAUAAAGGUAUUUUGCACAGUCACAUGUUAUAAGCAUCAUGCCCUGAACUUUAAUGGAUCACUAUCGAGUACAAACGGAACCCCCAUCAUAUUAUUUACGUACAUUUUCAGCAUACUGUGGAUGUGAAAUACCUUCUCAUAGGUCUAGUUUACCCAGUCUUGUCAUACCAGUGCGUUUUUAUUUAUUUGAGAGGUUUUGAAUUAGAAGUCUGGUGUGGGAGCAUUUCUUUUCCUCGUAUUUUCAUAGUUUCUAGUUAGGAGUGCUUUUUUUCUUCUUUACAUUUGACAAUACUGUCCAUUUCUUCUUCAUUUGCCCCAUUGAAGUUUGCUGUAUUAAUUGAUUGUUCCUUAGUAUUUGCUCUUCCCAUUGCUGCUAACGUUCCUUUCUCCUGGCACCACAGGUGUGAAUUUACUAUAAAACCACCUCUGUGCUUGCUGUUGGCUUGACCUUUGCCCCUGCUUUGCUUUGGCCAUUUGGAGUAGCCCUCUCACCUUCCAUGAAGGCAUACUACUGAACACUACCUAUAUGAUUGAAUAAUUCAUGUUUAUCACUGAAGUUUAGUCGCCAUCCGCUGGGCACAGAUGUCAGUUCGACGUCUAGUUUCAAUUUACAUUUGGUUCAGUUGUCAACUAUAACGUGAAUUCAAUAAUUAUUUAGGUUAAAAGAUUUAUGUUAAAAGUUGGGUGAAAAAAAGACAAAAUGCCCUCACGUUGAUAACGUAAAUCCAAUUAUACUGAACAAAAAUAUUUACACAACAUGUAAAGUGUUGGUCCCAUGUUUCAUGAGCUGAAACAAGGGACCGGUCCCCCCCACAUUCUGAAAUUGCAUUUUUGUCCCCCCCAGUUUUAUCAUUGGAAUGUGAUACGAAACGAGGCAACGGUGUGCUUUAGGACCAUGCAGACGCCUCCGAGCGGUCGGGAUGGCUGUUAGGAGUGUUUAUCCAACUGAAAACAAGUUCUAAAAUAAUAAUCAUAAUUAUUGUCCCCCCCCACUUCUAAAACCAAAGUUGCAUCCCAGAUUAUCACACAGGUGCACCUUGUGCUAGGGACAGUAAAUGGCCACUCUAAAAUAUGCAGUUUUGUCACACAACACAAUGCCACAGAUGUCUCACGUUUUGAGGGAGCGUUGCAAUUGGCAUGCUGACUGCAGGAAUGUCCACCAGAGCUGUUGCCAGAGAACUGAAUGUUAAUUUCUCUACCAUAACCACAUCCAAGGUCGUUUUAGAGAAUUUGGCAGUACGUCCAACCGGCCUCACAACCGCAGACCACAUGUAGCAGUCAAGGACCUCCACAUCUGGCUUCCUCACCUGCGGGAUUGUUUGGGAACAGCCACACAGACAGCUGAUGAAACUAAGGAGUAUUUCUGUCUUUAAUAAUGGCCUUUUGUGGGGAAAAACUCAUUCUGAUUGGCUGGGCCUGGCACCCCAGUGGGCGGGCCUAAGCCCACCCAUGGCUACACCCCUGCCCAGUCAUGUGAAACCCAUAGAUUAGGGCCUUUUUAUCUAUUUCAAUUGACUGAUUUCCUUAUAUGAACUGUAACUCAGUGAAAUUGUUGACAUUUUUUGCACGUUUUUGUUCCAUAUAGUUUUACAUGUUGAUUCAACAUCAUCACAUAGAUUUUGGGGGUUUUAAAUGACAUGGAAACAACGCUGAUUCAACCAGCGCCAGUCUAUUUGUGCCGUCACACCAACUUCUUGUCACUCAUUGUCAUGUCAAUUAUAAUUAGCUUGACACUGACAGCAAUGAAGUUGGCAAGAGCACAAACUGAUCUGGGACCAGGCUAUGAAGUUAGAAUUUAUGUUCAUGGGUUGUCUUGGUUCCUAAACAGAUUUGAAACGCAAGGCUUAGCGUCCAUGAGAAGGGUAUAUAGUAGUAUAUAAGACCCAGGAGAGAAUAAAACACAUAAAAGAAGAGUUGAUUUAUUUAUUUGUGUUCUACUGAUAACAUUUGAAGUGUUUUGAGGAAUUGUACUGUAGAUCUAAAUAAAAUACCAAUGUGUGUGUUAUUGCCUCGCUGUUCUCAAACUACGGAUAUUGAUUAUUAUCUGGUCAGAUAUAGAUUGAUUGUCAGAUUAUUUCUUGGUCAGAUGUGCCCUCCGUGAUAUCAAGUUGUUCUCUUUAUACCCUUUCAAAAGUGGAAAGCGUUGUGAAUUGUUACAAAAUAUGUGAUUUGUUUUUUCCUGUGAUGAGUCCUAGAUAGAAAUGUAGAAAGAUAAAUAAAUAAAAAUGUAUUCCUGGU